AGACGUUUGGGGGAUCCUGGUUCUUUGCCCUCUUUUUUCAAAGAGGUGUUGGAUUCAAUGCUGAAUCUGCUGGAAGAGCCACCAACACAAAAGCGUCUCUUGAAAGAACAAGGGCAACUGAGCAGCGUAUCUCAAGAGCCCUAGAUGGUACCCGGAUUAUCAUCAUUAGCACAGCAUCCUCCCAACAACCCUGCAGGCAGGCUAGUAUCAUGGCUGCCUUCCCCACAGCAACGUUGAGCCACAGAGCCGCCAUUAGCAAGCCUAGUCAAGGCAGAACAUGGGGGAAGCGGCCGGCGGGUUCCAGCCUCAGCCUCGCGGGGCGCCCUCAGCCGCUACCGACUUGCAUGGACGCGCAGCCAAGCCCGGCUUACAGCUCCCUCGUUGCCGGAGGGCCCAGCGUUUCUGCCGUCCGAUGCCUGCUGAACGGACCGGGCCCUGCUGGGAAAGGCCCUUUGCUGCGGUCUGCUCUGGUCCCCCCGCCUGCCCACCCGUGCCGGCGAUGGGAAAGUGGGGGAGGCGGGGAUCCCCCCUCUUCCUCCGCCUGAGACCCCAAAGUGGCCCGCCCCGGCGGCAGCAGCAACGGCGCCCCCCCCCGCCUUCCUUGCCAGGCUUGCGCGACGGAGAGGAGGAGGAGGAGCCGCCCCCUGAAUAGACCCGCCAGCUGGGGCCGGGCUUGGCACCGCCGGGGCGGGGAAGGCGCGGCUAGCCGGGAUCGGGCGCGCAGGGACACGGCUGCACGACGGCGGCGGCCGGGUGCAUGAUCUGCCUGGGCCAGUCGACCUUCCUUCGGUUCAACCACCCGGCUGAGGCUAAGUGGAUGAAAAGUAUGUUUCCCGGUGGGGGGCAAAGCCCUGCAGCCCAGCGUGGACCCAUAGCAGAGGCGCAGAGGCUGGUGAACGGCAACCAGGAGAUGGCCGCAGCCUCCCGCCGCAGCCACAGCGCCCUGGUCAGCUCCAUUGAGCAGGACUUGCAGGACAUCAUGGACUCCCUCGUUCUGGAGGAUGAAGGGGGCUCCUCCAAGCAACUCCGCCCCCCCAGCAGCAACAGCAGCAGCAGUGCUCCAUCGCCAGACUCCUCUGUGGUGAACGGCAGGGGGGGGCGCUUCCUGCUGUCCCCACCCCAGAGCCCCGGUGCCAUGUCUGUGGGGUCCAGCUAUGAAAACGCCUUGCCUCCGUUCUCUCCUCUCUCCUCCCCGGCCAGCAGCAGCAGCUGCGCCAGUCACUCGCCGGGCAGCAAGGAGCAGGGCCCUGCCAUCCCCCCGGUGGUGCCCGUCCGCUCCUCCAGUUACAACCACACCUUGUUAACUCCCCCUGGUGGGCUGAGCCUGGACCCGUCAAGCAGCACUGGAGGUCCAAGCCCCGCACGAGAGUCAGGAAGUCCGAGGAUGGCGCGGAGGGCCACGCAGGAGCCCCCCUGCAGCCCCCCACCCAGCCGCAGAGCUCGGCCUUCAGUGGAGAGUCCUCGCCCAGGCCUCUGCAGCUCACCUCUGCCUGCGCUCUCCAUCACCCUGAGCGAGACUCUGCCAGGAAGCCCUCGGGCACACCCACCCACCAGCCCGUGCUUGGCAGCCAAGUUCCAGUCGCCCUCCGCUCCACGGACCAAGGGGGCAGCUCUACAGGAGAGGCCCCCCAGCCCCUUCCGGGAUGGCCCCACCAGCUCUUCUCGCCAAGGCCUGGGAAAAGGCUUCCUGGCUGCGGAGCCUGCAGGAUUUGUGCCUAGCAGCCCGCCAGGCCGGGCACUGCAGCCCCCUGAGAGCCCCCGACUCGCCAAGCGGUCACUGGAGAGCAUGCGGCAGCUGCCCCCCCUCAGCCCCACCCUGUCCCGCCGAGCAGCAUUGCCAGCCACCCAGAGCGGCCCCUCACCGGUGCAGGCCAGAGCCACUGAGGCCCCCAGCACCUGGCGCAGGGAACCGCUGGAGGACCUUCCGGCUGCCCCCUCCUCCUGCCUGCGGGGCCACAGCCCCUCGCCCACCCCGCUCGCCCCAGAGCCUGUUCCGCGCAAGCCCAGCCGCACAACGGGCCUGAGCCCUGCCUACAGCCUGGGCUCUCUGACCUCGGCCUCACCACACCAGAGCCCUCGCUUGCACCGCAAGCUGUCCGGGGGGCUGGAUCUGCCCCUGGGAGGGGCCCUGCGGGAGAGGAAGCACAGCAUCUCCGAGCUGAGCAGCAAUGAGGGCGACCUGCGGGAGUUCCACCGCUGGCAGCGCCAGGAGCGGCUCCGAGAGCAAGAGAUGGAGCGGUUGGAGCGGCAGCGGCUCGAGACCAUCCUCAGUCUGUGUGCCGAGUACACGCGCGGCGAUGGCGAUCCGGGCCGCGAGCCCAGCACCUUCCUCAGCGUUGCCGAGGGCACGGCCCAGUCUGGGAGGAGGUCUUCCAAGGGCUCCCUCGGACUUGCACGAGGCAAAGAGCAGCUAGCGGGACCCUUGGGCCUGCGGGAGAGGGAGGGCCUGGAGCUCGCGGAUGAGGACCGCCUGAAAGAGGAGAGCAGCAGCACUGAGAGCGCCAGCCAGGAGCAUGAAGAGCCACACAGCACCAAAGCCAGCCAGGAGGCGGCCCUUUUGGAGGAGGAGCGCGCCCGGGUCCUGGCUACCGUCGAUCAGCUCAAGAGUCGCGCCAAAGAGCUGGAGCAGCAGCUGCAAGAGACAACCCAGGAGGCAGAGAUGGAGCAGGCCCUCCUGCAGGGUGAGCGUGAGGCAGAGCUGGUCCAGCUGCAGCAGGAGCAGAAGGCGGCACAACAGCUGCAGGAACGGGUGUCUGGUCUGGAUGCUGCCAUCCACCGGGAGCGGGAGAAGGAGAGAGCAAAGGUUGCUGCUGAAAGGAAGGAACUUGAGAGACGGCAGGCCCUUUACUCUGAGCUCAAGAGCCAGCUUGAUAACUGCCCUGAGUCAAUGCAGGAGCAGUUGCAGGACCAGAUGGAAAGGGAAGCAGAGGCCCUGGAGGCAGAGGUGAAGCUGUUUGAGGACCUGGAGUUCCAGCAGCUGGAGACGGAGAGCCACCUGGAGGAGGAGCGUGAGGUGCUCAGCCAGCAGCUCCUGCUCAGCACAGCGGAGGGCCGCCGCAGCCUGGCACGGAGGAAGGAGCGCCUGGCCACGCUGGAGAGCCAGGCCCAGCAGAUCAGGCUGCAGGCUGCGCGGGAGGUGGACCGGCUGGGCAGAGAGAGAAGCACCGCCUUGCAGCUGCUGCAGAAGGAGAAGGAGACCCUCCUUGUGCUGGAGAGGCGGUACCAGGAACUCACUGGGGGCUGCCGCUUCCCCAAGGCCUCUACAGCCCUCCGAGAGGAGGGGACUGACUCUGCAAGCCCACUCUGUGGAGCUGCUUCUUCCACCCAGCCAUGCCCAGGGAGGCCAGAGGAGUACCUGAGGCCACCUGGCGUUGUUUUCCCCUUUUGUAGCCGAGGGCCAGAGGCCAACGCCCCGCCUGCCGUCCCUCCACCUCUGCCCCCACUCUCCUACGAGUACGUGACCACUGACCAGCUAGCUGUGAUUCUGGGCAGCGUCAGGGUGGCCGUAGGGCUUGCCCACCCCCCCAGCCCCCCUGUUGCAGACCCAGCUGCUUCUGCUCUGCCGGCACGGCUCAGCUCCUCCAGCUGUGCCCAGGUCUAUCGCUCCAAGAUGGACGGCAGCAGCUCCAGCAGUUUGGCUUGGUCAAAAGGCAGAAGCUCCUCCUCACAGGUCAACAUGGCGGCUCUUGGACGCAGCCCCUCGCCCAAGAGCUGCCUGCCCCCCCAAAAUGGCACCAGCAGCCUCCCUCGGAAUCUGGCCAGCACCCUGCAGGAUAUUGAGAGCAAGCGCCAAUGGGCCCUCCAGCAAAAGGGGCAGCAGGUGAUUGAGGAGCAGCGGAGGCGCUUGGCCGACCUGAAGCAGAAGGCGGCGGCUGAGGCUCAGUCCCAGUGGGAAGCCCUGCAUGGCCAGCCCCUUUGCCCCCCUCCGUACUCCUCCCCCCUCAUGCACCACUCCAUCCUCCAUCACCAUCCACCGGGGGGCCUGGGCCUGCGUGCCAACGACCCAGAGCACGCCUACGACACCCUCAGCCUGGAGAGCUCCGACAGCCUUGACACCAACCUCUCCACCAGUGGCAACUCUGCCUGCUCCCCUGACGACGUCUCCAGCACCAGCGGGGCUGACGCAGGGAAGAUCAAGGAGAUGGAGAAAAUGCUGACAGAGGCCCACGCAGAGAAGUCCCGCCUGAUGGAAUCACGGGAGGAAGAGAUGGCACUGCGUCGACAGGCCCUGGAGGAUGAGCGCCAGCGGCGGGAGCAGCUGGAACGGCGGCUACAGGAUGAGACCGCGCGGCGACAGAAGCUCAUUGAGAAGGAGGUCAAGAUGCGAGAAAAGCAGUUUGCCCAGGCUCGCCCUCUGACCCGCUACCUGCCCAUCCGGAAAGAAGACUUCGACCUGCGCUCACACAUUGAGUCGUCUGGCCACAGCGUGGACACCUGCAGCCACAUCAUCCUCUCCGAGAAGAUGUGCAAAGGCUACCUGGUCAAGAUGGGGGGCAAAAUCAAAUCUUGGAAGAAGCGCUGGUUUGUUUUCGACCGCCUGCGGCGCACUCUCUCCUACUACGCAGACAAGCAUGAGACAAAGCUCAAGGGCCUCAUCUAUUUCCAGGCCAUUGAGGAGGUUUAUUAUGAUCACCUCAGGAGCGCAGCCAAGAAGGGGCUCUUCUCUCUCAGCCUGGCCAGUCACCUAGCAGGCUUUCUCCCUGCCCCCUUCAGUGGAGAGAGUCCCAACCCCGCCCUCACCUUCUGCGUCAAGACCCACGACCGCCUCUACUAUAUGGUGGCACCAUCAGCAGAGGCCAUGCGCAUCUGGAUGGACGUCAUCGUGACCGGCGCAGAAGGCUACACGCAGUUCCUGAACUGAUGAGGGGCUGAAAUGUGGACCCUGGGACCUGCUGCCUUUUUCAUAGCAGGGCAGGGAGGAAGGGGUGCCAGCCAGCCAGCCUUUGCUUGAAGCUCACAGCCCUCCAGGAGGCUGCCCUGGGACUGCUGUGAGCCUCUUCCCAGCACUCCAUCACUGCCACAGCUGCAGAAGGGCAACUCCUGUUGCCUGGCCUGGCCAAAGAUCUCAUGCCCCCACAGCAGAAGUGCGCAGCUCUGCCCGUGCAGCUCCUGUGAAAAGUGCAAGGGCAGCCGGCAGGGGAGGUGCCUGUCUGAGCUUAGCCCAGUUUUCAUCCUCCUGCAGCCUGACUGCAGGGGCUGUACGGAGAGAAGUGUUGGGGGUACACUAAAUCCACCACCCUGUGCCUUGCUUUUUUUUGGGGGGGGGGAGAAGGAUCUAGCACACAUACUUUGCCUAGUCCAGUGCUCAAAGUAUAGUGUUGCUAGCUGAUGGGCCCAGCCCCCCCCAGGGGGGAAGGGCCCCCUCUUUCCACCCUACCAUUGCCCAGAAGAGAGGAGGGGUGGCCUCAGUAGUGACUUUUAUCUCUUAAAAAAACAACAGCGCCAGCAAUUUUGGUGAGGCUGCUUGGAGGGGG